UUGUUCAGUGCGAUCCCACACACAACCGCUAGGGGGCGUCUGUCACGUUGGUGGCCUGGAGAAGGUUGGCCACACAGAAGAAGAAUAAACCUUCCUGUUAGACGCUAAGGGAAGCGUGUCGUCAUUUCUACACCACAGGGUGGUGACAGGGAGCAGCUUAAUCAGCGGGAAUGGCGGCGCGUCGUCCGGCAGGCUGUAUGUCACAGCAUUGAUCAGGAAAUAAUCCCCAGACACACUUCAAAGGAAAUGUUUGAGCCACAAGACGUGCAGGCAGUCCUACCUGCAGAGGGGGAACAGUAUAAACUCAGCUUAACCUGAAGUACAGACUGUGGAUCAUCAGCAUGGCGCGGAGGUGGUGGGCUCUGCUCGCCGUCGUCUACCUGUCCAGCCUGCAGGCGGCCGCUCGGCACCACAGGAAAGCUCUGUAUCCGUCUGCGUACUUGAUUAAGCGAGGGGCGUACUCCCUGAUCAAUCCCACCUUCCUGCACUCGGAGGACAACGCCAAACUGCUGUUUGAGAUUCUUCUCGCCGGAAUGCAGAUCCAAGGCGAAGAGCGCCCCCUGCUGAUCCCAGACGAGGAGCUGGCCUCCCUGAGAAGCGUGAAAACACUGGAAGUCAUCUGCGAGGACGUGCUGCCGAAGAAGCUUUCCGACAUCCGCCGCCUGAUGGCGGAGCUGGCCCAGCAGCGGCGCCCGCUCGGCUGGCCGGACUUCGAGAGAACGGUGCUGACUUUGGUCUACAGCUCACAGAUACUCAGCCAGAUCAGCAACCAGCACCAGAAGGAGCUGUGGAUGGAGACACUGGUGCAACUGGUCCGAGCUGUUCAACGAGACCUCACACCGUCCUGAGGAAGACUGAGCUGCAGCUUCUAGACUUUAUGGUUCUGUUAGUUUAAUACAACAGCUUAUCAGGGACAAUGGAGAUGGAACAAGAAAGAAAUUUCUGCCAAAAAGCUCAGAAAUGUCCGAGAAGAAACGAGGACAUUUCUAAAACACUAAAGUCGAAUAUUUUAACUUUAAUGGCUGCAGCAGUUUGACCUUUGCCCUGCCUGUUGGAUGUCUUCAAAUAACUUUCGGUGUUUUUCUCUGUCUAGAAACGAUUUCUCAGCUCAUUUAAACGACUCCCAAAAGCUAUUUUACAUAAAAAGCGAACAGAUUCUCAGCGCAUCAAUAUCCUUGAUUGCUCAUUUAAAGAAACGUCUGAUGAAUGUUUGCUUCAAAGGGCCCAAUUUUUCCCCACUUAAUGGCGGGAAAGAGAUUUCUUGUAAAAAGGUUUUCGUGGAUUGCUUAUUUCAGAGUUGAUGGAGGGUAGUUAUGGAUCUGUUGAGUGGUUUUCUCUCCGUCAUGGAAUUAGUUUUGCUUUUGCUUUCACUUUUAUUUGUUUUAUGGUUAUACAACAAUUUUCAGGUUUCGUUUUUUUAAGGGUAGACCUUUUAAGCUGUGGCAAACCCAGUGAACAAAAAAAAACAACUUUAAAUUCAGGAUUUACCUUGUAGAAAUAUAAAGAUCUGCACCAGGAAGACCUCAAAGUUUAAUCUCCAUAUCUUCCACCGAUACGAUUGGUCAGAAAUUCAACCAGAAUUACUCAAGAUGUUGUUUCUGACGAACAAAAGCAUGCAAGUCAAGUUGCGUCUCAUCAAAUAUUGGUGGACAUUUAUAAAUAUUUUCCAGUUUGUAUAUAUAAUUUUGACCCUAUUCGAAGUAUUAAAAAUCUGUAAAAAAUGUAAAUUGCUGCUCAAACGUUGGCAUUUUCUUUUUUAAUCCUCAUUGUUGCCUUUCCACCCUGAAAUGGUUUUAAAAAACUCCAAUUUAAUGGGGAUCACAACCCUGUUGUAAGUUUAUAUAAACUUUUUAUCUACUUUUUAUUUACCUAUUAUCAUAGGUUUGCAUAUCAGUCACUAGUUUUCUGCUGAUUGAACCGUUUUGGUUCUGAUGCAGAUUAUUAUUUUUUUUAUUAUAUAUUUUUUUCUUAUUUACAUGAGUUAUUUGGUGAAGAACGUAACUCCGAGUCAUUUAUCCACUUGCAGGAUAAAAAGCUGAAACCCGGAUGUAACUGCGCUGAUGUUCGUGUUAAGUGAGCGCCACCAAGCGGCUGCAUUCGGAAGUGCUGCUUUUCCAACAGCUGAUGUUUUACACUGCGGUCAUUUCUGUUUUACACCAACUAGAGAAAUUAAACCAAAAUUAUAAAUAUCAAUAUUAGCAUUUACUAUUUACCAAAAUAUGUUUUGCAAGUUAAAAUUUGACGUAAAAAUUAACAUUUUCACUUAAUGAAAUGUAUGAUUUUUUUUUAAUGCUGUCUUUUUAUUGUGAUAGAGAAUAAAACAGAAACGUCAAGUGAUUUGUCUCAGCUAAUUCAAUGGUUUAUUUUGUUAAAUUAGGACUUUUUCUCACUAUGUUUACAUGAAUACUGAACUGUAUGCAGCUUCUUGCAGAAAACACAUUUCAGAUUUAGGCAAUGUACCAAAUUUCUGAUUUAUAUUGUAUGUUGCUAUGGAAACAUGCCGAAACGUUCAGAAAAUAAAACGAUGCUUUUGCUUUUCACUACA